AUGAAUAAAAAAUUACAAUUAAUCACAAUUCACAAUUACUCGGUGAUAAACUACCUCAAAGUUUUUUAAAAGAAAUUGGGUCUAGAAAGCACAGUGAUUCAACCUUAAAUCAAUUAGCAAGGUGGAAAAUUGGAAUAGUUUGGAGAUGAUAUUCAGGUAUAUUCUCAUUAUGAUUCUUCCAAUUUAUUUUUUGUGACACUCGAUCAAGAUGGCAUUAACAUACUAUUAAAUAGUGACUCAAAUACUAAUGGAUGCACACAAUGGUUUAAUUUUUAGAUUUAAGCAUUAAAACCUGUUGUAACUAUAAAAUUUAAAAUCUUAAAUAAUAGAAGAAGCAAGCAGUUGCUAACGUCGUGCAAUUUAUUCACUUCAAAAAACAGAUGUUUCGACAUUCACUAUUACAAAACCAAUGUUAAUCAUCCUUAUUAUGCAAACGAGGACGUUAACAUAGCUUAAUAUUAAAAAGCCAUCUCUUUUUAUACAUUGGAAUUUAAAUACACUUUCACUGAUAAAGAUUUCGUUACAUUCGCCUAUGCUGAACCCUAUCCAUUAAGUCGAGCCCUUCAGUUGAGGGAUUACACAGUGAUAGGAUAUACACAGUUAAACAAUCCAAUUAUCAGGAUUAAAAAGGGAAAGGCCAAAAAAUAUAUAGUAAUCCUAGCGAGAUAGCAUCCCUGUGAGACAAGCGGAUCGUUUAUAGCAGAGGAACUGAUUAAGAUAAUAAACUCCCAAAAAUAUCGAUACAUAAUUUAUCCUAUGGUAAAUCCUGAUGGUGUAUUUCUUGGGAAUAGUAGAUGUAAUAAAAAUGGGAUUGAUUUAAAUAGAAGGUGGAUCAAUCCAUCUCUCCAAGAGGAACCAGAAAUCUAUUAUAUUAAAUAAUCAUUGGCGAAAUAUUAAUCAAGGAUUAAAUUUAUGAUUGAUUUACACGGGCAUUCCACAAAGUAAAAUUACUUUAUUUAUGGAUGCUCAACUAAUUCAAAUUGUAAUGUAAAGAUGAAACAUUUUGUCAAAUAAUUUCAAAAUUGCAAGCAUUUCAGUUUAAGGGAUUGUUCCUUUGCAGCACAGAGUGAUCGAAAAUGCACUGCCAGAUAGACAUUCUGGCUUGAUUAUAAUAUCCAAUAUUCAAUGACUAUCGAGGUCAGUUUGUUUGGAUCAUAGUAGGGUUUGCAUAAAGGAAAAUUUAAUAAUCAGGAUUUUUCAGAGAUAGCCGAAUAAAUAUAUAAUCAAGUAGAGCAAUUCAACGAGGAUGACUUCGAUUUAAUCUAAAUGCCUAUUAUGGAAUGUCUAAAUGAGAGUUGCGAAUCAGAAAGUGAAUGUGAAUAAGAUAUUGUGAAAGAGGUAAUUGUGAAAAAGAAAUCUCAGCAAUAUCGAUUGUUAGAAUAAUAAAAUCAGAAACCAUAAACUAUUCGGUAGGACGAGGAUGUUAAAUAAAAACAAUAGAUUUUACCGAAGUUAAGAAUAUCAAAGGUAAUGAGUAAAUCAGAACAUAGAGCAUCAUCUAUUUUUGAAAUAGACAAUUCAUUUGUGUUUAGAUUAGAAUAGUUUAACAAUAAUUUUAAUGUUAUAAAGUAUUUUCCAUAAAGGAAUAUCUAACCCAAAAGAAUGAGCUCUAUUAAGAAAUAUUCAAAGAAUACUAAUGCAACCAUAAAUGUAGAAUAAAUGAAAAAAUAUUUAAUAUUAUGA